UUGCGCAGCCCUUAGUUCGUAGACCCGGAAGUAGACGGGCCUCACGGAAGCCGGCUUUGGCCCUGCGGCUGCUGCAGUCGCCGCGGAGAAAUUGUUGGAGCUGGCAGCCUAGGAAUGAAUCUCUUCUCAGCCUCUAAGCUCACCUGGUCAGAAUCCUUGGAUGAACCUGUGGGACCCUUCCUUCUAGCCCUGUGGUUUGGAACCAGUGGCUUUGGGACUGUGAGAGGAUGGACAAAGAUUCUCAGGGGCUGCUAGAUUCAUCCCUGAUGGCAUCAGGCACUGCCAGCCGCUCAGAGGAUGAGGAGUCACUGGCAGGGCAGAAGCGGGCCUCCUCACAGGCUUUGGGCACCAUCCCUAAACGAAGAAGCUCCUCCAGGUUCAUCAAGAGAAAAAAGUUUGACGAUGAGCUGGUGGAGAGCAGCCUGGCUAAGUCCUCUACCCGGGCGAAGGGGGCCAGUGGGGUGGAACCAGGGCGCUGUUCGGGGAGUGAACCCUCCUCCAGUGAGAAGAAGAAGGUGUCCAAGGCCCCCAGCACCCCUGUGCCGCCCAGCCCAGCCCCAGCCCCUGGACUCACCAAACGUGUGAAGAAGAGCAAACAGCCACUCCAGGUGACCAAGGAUCUGGGCCGCUGGAAGCCUGCGGACGACCUCCUGCUCAUCAAUGCCGUGUUGCAGGUAGUGCUUCCCACCACAGGGGUUGUGUUCGCCUUCUCCCUGCAGCCUCCAGUUCCCAGCCCCUCAUCUAGCCCAGCAGUGUCCUGUAGGUGGCACGAGAGGGUUCUUCCCAGCUCUAAGGCUGGAGCAAACCACUCUGGGGCCUUGCAGACCAAUGACCUGACAUCUGUCCACCUGGGCGUGAAGUUCAGCUGCCGCUUCACCCUGAGGGAAGUCCAGGAGCGCUGGUACGCCCUGCUCUACGAUCCUGUCAUCUCCAAGCUGGCCUGCCAGGCCAUGAGACAGCUGCACCCAGAGGCCAUUGCCGCCAUCCAGAGCAAGGCCCUGUUUAGCAAGGCUGAAGAGCAGCUGCUGAGCAAAGUGGGAUCGACCAGCCAGCCUACCUUGGAGACCUUCCAGGACCUGCUGCACAGACACCCUGAUGCCUUCUACCUGGCCCGUACUGCCAAGGCUCUGCAGGCCCAUUGGCAGCUCAUGAAGCAGUAUUACCUGUUGGAGGACCAGACAGUGCAGCCGCUGCCCAAGGGGGACCAAGUGCUGAAUUUCUCCGACGCAGAGGACUUGAUUGAUGACAGUAAGCUCAAGGACAUGCGAGAUGAAGUCCUAGAACAUGAGCUGACAGUGGCUGACCGGCGCCAGAAACGAGAGAUUCGGCAGCUGGAACAGGAACUGCAUAAGUGGCAGGUGCUAGUAGAUAGCAUCACAGGCAUGAGCUCUCCGGACUUUGACAACCAGACCCUGGCAGUGCUGCGGGGCCGCAUGGUGCGGUACCUGAUGCGCUCGAGAGAGAUCACCCUAGGCAGAGCAACCAAGGAUAACCAGAUUGACGUGGACCUGUCUCUGGAGGGUCCGGCCUGGAAGAUCUCCCGGAAGCAAGGUGUCAUCAAGCUGAAGAACAACGGUGAUUUCUUCAUUGCCAAUGAGGGCCGGCGGCCCAUCUACAUCGAUGGACGACCUGUGCUGUGUGGCUCCAAAUGGCGCCUUAGCAACAACUCCGUAGUGGAGAUUGCCAGCCUGCGAUUCGUCUUCCUCAUCAACCAGGACCUCAUUGCCCUUAUUCGGGCCGAGGCUGCCAAGAUCACGCCACAGUGAGAAGUGGUAGCAGGACCCAUGGGCUCUCUCUGGCCUCAGUUUCCCCUGCCCUCCCAGACCCCUGGAGCUGGCAACUCAGGCUCCUGGAAAAACCAGAGGGGGCUGUGGGAGACUCAGCUCCUGGCCCCUUGAUCUGAGCCUCUGCGGGCGGGCGGGGCUGGCCCUGGGAAAGGGACCCUCAGGCUGGGACCCUCAGGCUGCCUUAGUGCCAGAGCCCCUCCCUUUCUCUCUCUGCAGAGGCCCCCUACCCUUUCCCCCAGAUUCCCACCUUUGCUCCAUGUCUCCAGCUGAUUAGCUUCAGACUUUUCCUGUAUUAUUUUUCUUUUGUAAAUACAAAGCACUGAGUUCCAAAGUA